AUGCCCGAAGACAGAGAUCGUAGUGUGUCCCAUGACCUCGGUGCUGAGAGCUCCGACGAUGACGCUUCGCACAAGGACGACUCUACUCAGCCACCGGUGGGUAAACCCGGCAGGAAGAAAAAUCCAAACUCCCAAGCCGCUCGCAGGGAUCAGAACAGGAUAGCCCAGCGCGAGUUUCGUCUGCGUAAACAGCAACGCAUCCGUGACCUUGAAGCGAGUGUCGAGAUUCUCUCAGGCGGUAAGGAUGAGGCACUGUCCCAGUUGAGGAAGGUCUUGAAAGACCUUAUGCACGAGAAUCAAGUCCUCAGAGGUCUCCUCAAGAACCUGGGCGGCUUCAUCGGUGACGGUGCUGGAGGACUACUCCACAAAAUGGGCUGGGACAUGAACGAGUUCAACGACCUCGUCAACAAGGCCGAAACCGACACUGCCUGGGAGAGCUACCAACGCCACAAGCGUGAGCAAUCGGAAACCUCUGCUGGUCCUUCCAAAUCAACCAACGGCCAAAAGCGUUCCGCAGAAGACGUCGAUCCUCACCGAAGCAAGCGUGCCCGCGCUGGAGAAGCGAGUGGAAACGCCGACGGCUUCCCGCUGCUCGUGCCUAUGAAUCCCGGCGUGUCUUCUGUGGGUGCCAACGGUCUCUAUUCUUCCGGACGCCCCUCCAACGGCGAACCCAGCUUGCUGUCGGAGUAUACUCGCGGGUCGUCGAACACCUCUCCCAUGUUUGUCCCCCCAUCCUCGCCUCCCAAUGCCACCGGUCAAUACGGGUCCUCCGCCAACGGUAACAUGUCUAUGCCCUUCCAGUCUUCGUUUGAACACAUGUCGUCCAUGACCAUGGUCAACAACACCCUUCCUAGCAUGUCGACGGCUUCACGGACACCGCAGUCCACCCAGUCGCAAGACGACGAAGACAUCGACCCAAAGAAGAUGGACGCCUACAAGCUGAUAUACUACCACCUCGACAACUGGAAACAGAGUGCUAUCGACGGUGUCUUGCAUCCUGAGCUUCGCGACCGAAUGAUUCUUCUCAGAGACCGAUUCAACCUCGUCGACUGUCUGCACGACUACCGGCUCGCUGUCAACAUUCACGGUGAUGAUGUUCUUGCUCACGUUAACUGGGAGAUUUCGGAGACUUGGCUUGGACGUUAUAAGCAUGUGUUCAACUGUUUUACGGGGUUCCUCGUUGACCACGCUACACUCAAUAUCAGUAACAAAUGGCGUAGAGAGCGUGGUGACUCUGAGCUCCUCGGUGGAGAGUAUUCGACAGAGGGCCCGCGCAGGCGUAGCCGUCGGGAGCGGUACAGUGUGCACCAAGGACAUGAAUUGUACCACGGGCCCUCCCUCCAGGACGGGCAUUGUAUCGACUAG